UUCACCUUUAUUUUCUACCAAUGGGCAACGGUAAGGAGCUGAUGUGACAUAAAAUGUUAAGAGGGCUAUAAAAAGUAUUCAAAAACAACAGAUUGCCUGUUGACUUUUUUUCAUGGUUUGGUGUUAAUAAUUACUCUAAUAAACAAACUGCUGAAUCUGCAUAUUACCCCAUCUGAUCAAAGUUCCCAGUUUAACUGACCAACCUGAACCGUUCUACCCAGCUUUUUCAUUACAUCAACGUGCCUGAAACCCAGCAGGCUUCACUUGAAGCUGCAGAUGUUGUGAGAACUGAGAAAAGUUUCAGGUUUGACUAAAAGGAGCGAUGGCGGAACCCUCAUCAGAAAACGUGACCAUCAACAACCCUGCCGACAUUGCUGUCAUCGCUGGAUACUUCCUGAUGGUCAUCGGCGUUGGCGUUUGGUCCAUGCUUCGGACCAAUCGUGGGACGGUGGGAGGAUAUUUCCUGGCAGGACGGUCAAUGGCUUGGUGGUCGGUUGGUGCGUCCCUGUUUGCCAGUAAUAUUGGGAGCGGCCAUUUUGUGGGCCUGGCAGGAACCGGGGCAGCGGGGGGCAUCGCUGUGGGAGGCUUCGAGUGGAACGCUCUGUUCAUCGUGUUGCUGCUGGGCUGGUUGUUCGUACCCGUCUACCUCACAGCCGGGGUGAUCACGAUGCCUCAGUACCUGAAGAAGAGGUUCGGCGGGGCCAGGAUCAGCCUCUACCUGUCUGUUAUCUCUCUCUUCCUUUACAUUUUCACCAAGAUCUCAGUGGAUAUGUUUUCUGGAGCUGUGUUUAUCCAGCAGGCGUUAGGCUGGAAUAUUUAUGUGUCUGUCAUCGCGCUUCUGUUAAUCACAGCCUUGUACACUGUCACAGGUGGCCUCGCAGCCCUAAUGUACACAGACACUUUUCAGACGUUUGUCAUCAUCGCUGGGGCUUUCGUCCUUACUGGCUUCUCCUUUGCUAAAAUCGGCGGCUACGGCGCCCUGCUUACCAAAUACUACUCUGCCAUUCCGAGUAACUUCUCCUCCCUGGACACGCAGCGCUAUAACAUCUCCUCCCAGUGCUACACCCCGAGACGGGACGCCUUCAGCCUCCUUAGGGACGCGACUGUGGGGGACCUUCCCUGGCCUGGUGUGGUGUUCGGGAUGACGAUAGGGGGGAUCUGGUACUGGUGCUCUGAUCAGGUGAUUGUCCAGAGGUGCCUGGCAGCUCGUAGUCUCAGCCAUGUGAAGGCUGGCUGCAUUGUGUGUGGAUACCUCAAACUGCUUCCCAUGUUCCUCAUGGUGUUCCCCGGCAUGAUCAGCAGGAUCCUCUACCCAAAUGAGGUUGGCUGUGUGGUCCCAGAAAUUUGUAAGGAGGUCUGUGGAACCGAAGUGGGCUGCUCUAACAUAGCUUAUCCUAAACUGGUGAUUACAGUCAUGCCCAGUGGACUGCGAGGGCUGAUGCUGGCUGUCAUGCUGGCAGCUCUCAUGUCUUCUUUGGCAUCCAUCUUUAACAGCAGCAGCACCCUGUUCACCAUGGACAUCUGGACCCGCAUCAGACCACAGGCCACCGAGCCGGAGCUCAUCGUUGUAGGCCGUGUCUGGGUUCUGUGUAUUGUGGCCAUCAGCAUCUGCUGGAUCCCCAUUGUUCAGGCAGCGCAGAGCGGUCAGCUGUUUGACUACAUCCAGUCAGUCUCCAGCUAUCUGUCUCCACCCAUUGCCUCCGUCUUCCUGCUGGCUGUUUUUGUCAAACGGGUCAAUGAAACAGGAGCUUUCUGGGGCCUGGUUGGUGGUCUGGCGAUGGGUUUGUGUCGGAUGUUGCCUGAAUUCUGGUUUGGUACCGGCAGCUGCAUUUUCCCCUCUCAAUGCCCUUUCCUGGUGUGUGGCAUCCACUACUUACACUUUGCCAUCAUCCUGUUUACCUGCACAUCAGUGCUGGUGCUUCUGGUCAGCUUCUGCACAGAGCCCAUUGAGGAUAAACAUCUUCAUCGUCUGGUAUUCAGUCUACGUCACUCUAAAGAGAAGAGGGAGGAUCUGGACUGGGAGCAAGAAGAAAGAGCCAGAAGAGCCCGCAAGGAGGCGAAGGAGAGGAUGAGAGAGAAGGCUAAUGUAGUUACAGAAACCGAGCAUGAUAAAAAGUCUGGACUCUGUCGCCUGGUUGGUCGAUUCUGUGGACUUAAUGGAGACCAACAAGUUCAAGAUGAGGAAGCAGCCGAGGAUCUAGAGCCUCAGAUGCCCGACAUCAGUGAGAAAGCAGUGUGGAAGCACACCGUGGACUCCAACGCUCUGGUCAUGAUGGCUGUUGCAGUUUUUAUGUGGGGAUACUUUGCUUGACUGAAUCAUUUUGUUCCGAGCUGAAGGUGGUGUAGCUGCGGUGUGAUCGCAUCUGCUGCAGAUUACAGAACUGGAGUAAAUCUUCAAAUAAAACCUU